GUAAACUAUUGUACAGAGUAGCAACAUGGCGGCGUCCACACGAACCGUGUUUACAAACAGAAUUCCAUCGUUAUGUCUUCUUGCAUUUCUUCUCGGCGCUUUUAUAUUUCAUGCUGGCAGUAGCCACGGCCAUAACCACGGGCACGCGCAUGAUCAUGGACAUGCACACGAUCACGAUGAUCCUAAAGAACCACCAUCCUUUAAGUACAGCAAAGAGGCCAACGCAAAUGCUCAAGUAAAAAAACAAGAUCACGGACAUGCACACUCUCAUGAUGACCAUGGACAUGGACACGGUCAUUCACACGAACAUCACGGUCAUUCUCAUGAUCACCAUGGACAUUCCCAUGAGCCUCAUGGCCACAGCCAUGAAGCUGAACAUCACGGACACGCACAUAGUGAACCUGAACUUAACGCUAAAAAAAAGGUAGUAAAAGAACACAGUGGGCAUUCUCACAAUGAAAACAAUGUCAAAAAAGAAAAUACUGCUUCAAAAUAUGGGCCACCAUCUGGUUUGUGGAUUAAAGCUCUCGGUGCCACUGCUUUAAUCAGCGCUGCCCCUGUUCUUAUCUUAGUAUUCAUCCCUUUGGAAAAUGCUGAUCAACAUCAACAGUUGCUUAAAGUUUUAUUAAGUUUUGCAUCAGGUGGCCUUCUUGGGGAUGCUUUUCUACACUUAAUUCCCCAUGCGAUUUCGCCUCAUUCUCAUUCUUCAGAAGAUGGUGACCAUGGCCAUUCGCAUGGGCAUUCACAUGAACAUUCACAUGGGCAUGAUAUGAGAGUAGGCUUAUGGGUACUAACUGGUAUAAUAGCAUUUCUUAUUGUUGAAAAAUUUGUUCGAUUUGUAAAAGGUGAACAUGGCCAUGGUCACUCCCAUGGGGCACCUAAAUCUGCUACUGAAAAAAAAGCUGGUAAACCAUUACCUAAAGGAAAAAAGAAAGACAGUGAUGAUGAAGACAAUAAAGGAGAUGGAAACGUAAUAAAAGCUGUUCCAGCUCAUGGGUCUGACAUUAAAGUGGCUGGUUACCUCAAUUUAGCAGCCGACUUUGCCCACAACUUUACUGAUGGUCUUGCCAUUGGAGCAUCAUUUCUAGCAGGACAAAGUGUUGGUAUUAUUACAACAGUCACUAUAUUUCUACAUGAAAUUCCUCAUGAGAUUGGAGAUUUUGCAAUUCUGAUCCAGUCAGGAUGCUCAAAGAAAAAAGCGAUGAUGUUACAGUUUUCAACUGCGAUUGGAGCUAUGGUGGGAACACUUUGCAGUUUGUUCAUGGAAGGAAUAGGAGAAGCAGCCACUGCCUGGAUUUUGCCUUUCACUGCUGGGGGUUUUAUCUACAUAGCCACAGUUUCUGUCAUCCCAGAGCUGCUUGAGGAUACUAAGAUUGUCCAAAGUAUAAAAGAGGUAGCUGCUUUGUUGGUUGGAGUGUACAUGAUGGUUCUAAUAGCACAGUAUGAAUAACUUUACAAAAGUAAUAUGGUUUUUAGGGAGUGCCGUUAUGAGAUAAGAUUUGUUUGAAUGAGUUUUAUCAUGAUGUAUGAUCAUAAAUUGUAUGAUGCUUUAGAGUGAAGAGUUACAGAGAAGUUUGGGCAUAUUUUAUGUUCAUGAACAACUUAUUAACUACUGUUACUGUUACAAAAGAAAAAUAGUUUCACUAUGAUCGACCUCAAAAUUUUGUUUUCGUGUAUAGAGUUCCAACAUUGCUAAUGUGUUCAUCAGGCACAUUGAUAUUUUAUCAGAACUAUUUCACCAGUUUACAUAAAACUACAUACAUUAUCUAUAUAAUUUAUAUUUUUUUUGCGUUGUUUUUUACAAUACACUUUGGAGGAAAAAAUUCAGUAUUUCUUAUAGCAUUUAUGUAUUUUGAAAGAACUGUUAAAUAUUUGUAAAUGAGUUAAUUAUUAGAAGAUUAUCAAAAUAAACAUUUAAUAAAACAUUCAGCUAAAUAGUUUUAACAGGUUCUUAAACUGUUAUUUUUACAUGUCAAUUACAUUUUUGUAGCCACAUUUAAAAGUUGCAACAUAAUAUGUAAGGCAUUUUAAAUGUAUUAUUUCAAAUUCUUUUAAAAUAUACUUUUCAGGUAAUUCAUUGUAAUACCCAUACUAUUACUAAGUUAAUAUAAAAAUAAUACAAUUUUUUAAGCCUUUGCACCAAUUAAAAAACCCAUUGCAUUUUAAUCAUUCCAUUAUCCCCCAAUCUCUAUAUAUCAACUUUAUUUGAACCCAACUGUAAUUAAAGUGAUGAAUGAAAGUAAUUUUUUUAGCCUUUUUAUUUAAGUCACCAAACUGCUUACUGUAUUUACUGACACUUAAAUGUAAUCUCAAUAGUAUUUUAAUAGGAUUAUUUCAAAUUUGUACAGUUAUAAUUUUUGUUGUUUCAAGGUGAUGGUCAAAAUGAUUUUGUGGAGUAAAUUUAGAAAAUCGUCUAUGUAGUGGGAAGGACUGUAAAUUAAUUUAUGGAAGUGUGUGUGCGAAUUGUUAUAUUUCACUCAGCAUGUUGCUAACUUGUGCUAAUGAGUUAAUGAGCAUGGAAACAAAGCUGCUUUGUAUUCUUAGUUUCAUUAUGAUUUUAACUGGAUUUGGGUGACUCUCUUUUUACUAAUUAAAUAACUUUUUAAAAAAUGUAAUUAAUAAUUACAAAAAUUUAUAAAGACAGUUAAUUGAAGCUGUCUCUAAUAUUUUGCCCAUGUCCAAAAGAUCAGUAAACUUUGCCAUGUUGAUCAACUCUUUUUUUCUGUUAUUCCUGUCUAACUUCCAAAAAAAAUGUUAUAAUAUUAAUAGUAAAAAAUAUACUAUCAAUUCUGUCUUAAUUUGAUUUUAGUAGUGAAGUUAUUGAAUUAUUAAAAACAUUUUGGCAGCCACAGUUUAACACUAAAGUUUAACAAAAAAUUUCAUGCUCAAACCAAAGUUUUUAUGUGAUUAACAAAAUUAAAUGAAAAAUUGUAAUAAACCAUAAGUAUUUCAGAUUUCUUUUGUUGCAUAGGAACUAUUUAGUUACAAAUGUUAUAUAUUAAAAUAAUAGGCUUCUUAUUGUUCUAAAUACUAAUAAAGCUUUUAUUAUAAGAAAUCUGUCAUCUUUUUUCCAAAUAAAAGCAACAAAAAAUCAGACCUGCUACAAAUGGUUUGUUAAAGGAUGUUGGCAAAAUGUAUUGUGGCUCAGGUUGGCUUUUAAAUAUGGACUUAAAGAAAACUGAUACAGUAUGAAAUAAAUA